GUGAAGUUUUCAAUUGUGGUGAUGUAACUAAAGUUUUAAAGGAGCCAACAACCAGCCAUUGUGUCUUUGGUUUUGAAUAUAACAAAAAUAUCAAUUAAUUAGUCAAAUUAAAACUCAAAUAUUAUAUAAAUACAAUUUUAUAUAACGGAAAAAGGAAAUUAAGAAGCACGGCCACGGCGGCGACGCAGUGUAUCAUUGCAUAGUUGCGUUGUUUUGGCAAUGUCGAUCGAUGCACAAUCGAGGUAUCAUCGAUAUAAUUCCCAACAACAAACUCAUGGUUCAAAUAAUAUGCCAGUAGUACAACCUCAACAACAGCAGAGUGGUUCAAAUAAUAGUGCACCCAUAAUGUCAUCAUCACAACGGUUUUGUUUACGGUGGAACAAUCACCAAUCAAAUUUAUUAUCAGUAUUUGAUCAACUAUUACAGGAUGAAAGUUUUGUUGAUGUCACGUUGGCAGUUGAGGGUCAAUUAUUACGUGCCCAUAAAAUGGUCUUGUCCGCGUGUAGUCCAUAUUUUCAGGCAUUAUUUGUUAGUCAUCCGGAUAAACAUCCUAUUGUGAUAUUAAAAGAUGUACCGUACAUUGAUAUGCGAAGUUUAUUAGACUUUAUGUAUCGGGGGGAAGUUAGUGUUGAUCAAGAUCGUCUUACAGCAUUCUUACGAGUUGCUGAAAGCCUCCGAAUCAAAGGGUUAACAGAAGUCAAUGAGGAUAAAUGUGAUCUACCGAGUAUUACAUCGUCGUUAUUAGGUAGUGGGGGUAAUGUUAAUUCAAAUAGUUAUCAUCAAAGGUCGUUACCAUCGAAACGACCUUCGGCGGGUCUAUCCACCAGUGGGAAUAUGAGUGGCAAUAUGGGUGCAGUUGGUUCGAUGGGUUCACAAGCCAUGUCACCAUUGUUAGGUAAUGCGCUGGCGCAACCUAAACGUAAGCGAGGACGGCCUAGGAAAUUCUCCGGUAGUUCAAACGGUACGCCCUCUUUAGACGGUGAUGAUGAUGGAGAUUCUCCGAUACUUCGGGGAACUCCGGAAUUAUUGGAAGUUAAAAUGAAUGUGGAUGGUUUUCAAGGUUCUGGUAACGAGAUGAGGAGUGAAACGGACGCAGAAGGUGAUGAUGCUGAUGCUGAGGAUCCAUUAGGUGAUAGUAGUAUUGUCAAGGAGGAGACGCAGGUACAAGAUCAACCAAUGGUCGGCACAUCCAGGGAACAAGAUAAUUAUAGCAAUAAUGAAGAAUAUCAUUCGGAGUCCCCAUCUAUACGAAAUAUAAUGAACACAGCGAUAAAUAAUAAAUUUAACCAAAAACAAAUCAUAAAAAGUGAACCAAAUGACCAUCAACAACAGCAACAGCAACAACAUCAUUUGUUUUUACAACAUGCGACGUCAGCAUCCCUGGAAUCAGCGUUAUCACACUAUCAAAUAUUAAUUAAUCAACAGAAUUCACAACAACAAUCCGAUAACAUCAACAAUAACAAUUUAAAUAUAGUUACUUCUAUGGCAUCUACAAGUGGAGCAGCGACUCCUGGUGGUGGGGGCACAAUGAUUACAACAACACCGGGUGUUGGCAACAAUAAUACACAGUUAUCGGCACCAAGUGGACGACAACCGGUGCGUAGACGUAACAGACGACGGGCCACAUCAGCAAGUCAAGAUCCAGCUGAACAGCUAACCGAAAUGUCUGUACGUGGUUUAAAUUUAUUCCGGUAUGCAUCAGUGAGUGAAGGUAUCUAUCAAUGUACAGAAUGUGCUAAGGUUGAUGUACAAAAGACAUUCAAAAAUAAAUAUAGUUUUCAACGGCAUGCAUUUUUAUAUCAUGAAGGCCAUCAACGUAAAGUAUUCCCGUGUCCGGUAUGUCAGAAAGAAUUUUCACGGCCUGAUAAAAUGAAAAAUCAUAUGAAAACUGUACAUGAUUGUUUUAUGCCAAAAGAAUGUGUGUUUCCACAAACUCCUAACUUUUAUUUAAAUCCUCCAAAUGUAUAGUUUGAUUUUUUGAGGAUCUAGAUAAAUCCAGGCUUUAAGCAAAAUAUUUUACAAAAAUAAUUGCAAAAUUAUAUGCACUAGGGAUCAAAGAGAAUAAGAAAGAAAUAACAAAAAAAAUUGCAGUGAUUAAAUUAUGUAUAAAAUAUUUUCUCUUUUUGAAAACCUGGAAAUAUGGUAUUCGACGACCAUUUUUCAAGUAUUUCAAAUGAGAUCUUUAUAUUUAAUUUGGUCUAAAACUUUUAUGUUGAACUAUUCCACAGCUUACUCGAAAAAUUAAGAGUUAUUUGAAAAUAAAUUCUCCAUUUAUUCGAUUAGGGGUAAUUACCAUAGAGCUGCAAAGUCUCCGCCCAAACGGUUGACCACAGUAGAGAAAGACAGAUAAAGCUCGUAUAGCCUAAAAUAUGUGUCUCUACAUCUCCCCCUGCGAAUAAGAAUUUUCUUAUUACGUUUCUUAUGUCUAUACAGCUCUAUGGUGUUAUCUCUGUGGUAAUUACACCAAAGUUA